CGAGCGGCUCCGGGCGCGUUCCUCGGCGGGCAUCCCCGGGCGCGCCGGCCAGCUCUCCUCUCGGCGUCCAGGGGGCGAGCCAAGGCGGGGAGACUGGCAAAAUGUGCUGCGAGCGGUGGAGCCGCGUGGCCGAGAUGCGGCUGUUCGUGGAAGCCCGGGAGGAGGAGGAGCCCGCCAUCCUGUGCGUGUGCUCCCGGGCGUUCGUGGAUGAUCGAAAAUUGUACAGUUUGGGACUAAAAGGAUACUAUGUCAGAAGCAGUGACAACAACACAGGAGACCAAGCUACAGAAGAAGAGGAGGAGGAGCGUAUUUGUUCUCAGAGCACUGUGGAAUCACACAGCAGUAAAGGCAUGGGUCUGGAUGAAAGUGAACUUGAUUCUGAGGCUGAACUCAUGAGAAGUAUGGGAUUGCCACUUCAGUUUGGUGGAGUAUCUGCACAAAAGCAUUUUGAGGUAUCUGUGAAUACUAGAAAUAAAGUUAAAAUAAAAAAGAAAAAGAAAAAACAUCAAAAGAAGUACUUAGAUGAAAUGAUAAAAGAAUCCUUGAGAAAGGAAUCUGAAGAAGAUGACUUUUUGGCCUCAGAUGAUCCUUGUACAGUUGAACACUGCGAGAAUAAACUUCAGAGUGAAAAAGACAUUGAAACUGAAAAUCUUCCUGUUGAAAAUACAACAUCUCCAAAACUAGAAAUUACAGAGAAAUGGGAAAAGUAUUGGAAUGAAUAUGGAGGAGGACUGUUAUGGCAGAGUUGGCAAGAAAAACAUUCAGAUCAAACACUGUCUUCUGAGCCUUGGAACUACCCAGAAACAAAAGAAGAAUGGGAACAACAUUAUAGUCAAAUUUAUUGGUAUUACUUGGAACAGUUUCAGUAUUGGGAAGCUCAGGGUUGGACUUAUGAUGCCUCACAAAGCUGCAGUGCCAAUACUUGCACAGCUAGAACAGAAAUUGACAACCAGAGAGAUGAAGAUUGCAUGAAAAGUGACUUAAUAUCUCUUCCAUCAUCACCUAAUGCAGUUAAUAAUGAAAGCUGUAGUUGCAAUGAUAAGGAUCAUAAUCAAAUACUUGAUGGGAUUAGUAGUAUGGCUCUGAAUUCGGAGGAAAUCAGUCAGAGCCAGUUAGAUUCCUCAGUAAGUUGUGGUGGUCAUCAGCAGCUGAACGGGGACAGCAACCAAAAAGAGUGCCCUGCUUCUGGCCAGAAGGAACCAAGUAAUGGAGAAACAAAGGAGAGCAACUUCUGUGAGAAUACAAACACAGACCAACCAGCCCAGGAUUCACAGGAGUCUUUGGGAACAAGCAAAAACAAAGGGAGAUCCAACACCAGUGGUGUUGAUGGAGAUGAAAGUGAAGAAGAUCCGCCUGAGAAUAAGCCAAGCAAACUCAAGAGGAGCCAUGAACUGGACAUCGAUGAAAAUCCAUGUGCAGAGUUAGAUGACAACGGUGCCCUUCUAGGAUUCAAGCAUGGCUCAGGACAAAAGUACGGGGGAAUUGCACAUUUCAGUCGUCGGCAGGUCAGGUAUCUGGAGAAGGACGUGAAGCGUAAGUCAAAGUACCUGGAUAUGCGCAGACAAAUAAAGAUGAAAAACAAACAUAUCUUCUUUACUGAAGAAGCAGAAAAGUCAUUUUUCAAGAAAAGCAAAACUCUGAGUAAGGUGGAAAAGUUCCUCAAAUGGAUUAACGAGCCAGUGGACGAUGAGGCAUCCCAGGAGUCGUGUUCUCACAACAACACACAGGACACUUGUACGAGCAGUGAUUCUGAGGAGCAGGAUGUGUCUGUUAGGACAGCAGGUGGCCUGCUGGGAGCUAGUAAGGCAGAACCUGAGAAGGGUCAGCCUGCAUCUGCAGCUGCUGAACUUGAACUUGAAAAAAGUGAAGGUGACGGUUUGGUGGCAGCUGUUGCAGACAAGCAGGAUUGUGUUACUCAAGAUAACACAGAUUCCCUCCAGGUAGAAACUGAAGCUGAAAACAAAAAGAAGAAGAAGAAGAAACUCAAGAACAAAAAACCGAAUGGCCUGCCUCCCGAAAUAGCUGCUGUCCCUGAGCUGUGCAAGUACUGGGCCCAGAGAUACAGGCUCUUCUCCCGUUUCGAUGAUGGCAUUAAGUUAGACAGAGAGGGCUGGUUCUCGGUCACUCCCGAGAAGAUCGCGGAGCACAUCGCCGGCCGCGUGGGUCAGUGCUCCGGGUGCGACGUGGUGGUGGACGCUUUCUGCGGAGUGGGAGGAAACACCAUUCAGUUUGCCUUAGCAGGAAAGAAAGUGAUUGCCAUCGAUAUUGACCCUGUUAAGAUAGAUCUUGCUCGUAAUAACGCACAAGUUUAUGGGAUAGCGGACAAGAUAGAGUUCAUCUGCGGAGAUUUCCUGCUGCUGGCUCCUUCUCUAAAGGCCGAUGUUGUGUUCCUCAGCCCACCCUGGGGAGGGCCAGACUACGCCACCGCAGAGAUCUUUGACAUUAAGACAAUGAUCUCUCCUGAUGGUUUUGAAAUUUUCAAGCUUUCCCAGAAGAUCACUAAUAAUAUCAUUUAUUUUCUUCCAAGAAAUGCUGAUGUUGACCAGGUGGCAUCCCUAGCUGGCCCUGGAGGGCAAGUGGAGAUAGAACAGAACUUUCUUAACAAUAAACUGAAGACAAUCACUGCAUAUUUUGGUGACCUGAUCAGAAGACCAGCCUCUUAAACCUGAUUGUGUGGCAGGACAAGGACAGAGGUGACACGGGUGAGGCACUUGGAAUGUCUCCCUUCACUCACUGGCAGCGUGUACUCAUGUUCUUCUAUCGCCACCUAAAAGGGAGAUUUAUGGAUGCUUCAUGAAUAUGAAUAAUUACCUUGAGAUUUUUGUAUAGAAUUGCCAUGUAUAUUUUACGGUAGUGUAGUAAAUGCUGUGAAAAAGGGAAGCUUCCCCCUGUGGUUAAUUUCAGGGUGUGUCUGUUUUUCUAAAAUUUUGUGUGCUUUUACAUCUUUGUGGAUGUGUAUAUAAAAACAAUUACUGUGUUGUUGGUUCUUUUUUUUUUUUUAAUAUAUGUAACAAAGACAACAAAUAAGGUAUAUUCUACACAUUUAACUGCUAAUAAGGAAAAUAAUGUUAAAUAUUUCAGGCAGUGCCAAAGGUAUGAAGUAAAAUAUUGAGUCUCCCGCCCCCUUCCCUACCCUGUAUCUUUCUUUCAAAAAUAAUCACAGCUUAACAGCUUUUAUAAUUGUUUGGAGGACAGGGAGGAAUUUCAGUAAUACCCUAUGACACUUUUUUUCUUUGUUGCACUGUUGAAUUCUUGUUUUUUAACUUUAUGUAUUUUUUUAAAUAUGCAGAUUUUUUUUUACCUUGCAGACUUUGUGUUUUACUGUAUCUAUAGAUCUACCUCGUUUGUUUUCUUAAUGACUGCUUUGCGCUCCAUCAUCUGGAUGUGUUGUGAAUUAUUUAAGCAGUUCCUUACUAGUGGUCUUGAACUAUUUUCAACAGUUUUGCACUGAGCUUGAAUAUGAUAUAUAUUACUAACCAAGUGUCCCCACAGGUUGGUACAGUUUGAUUUUGGCAGAUGGAAUCAAAUUGCUUCAUUAAUGAUGGGCCCACUUACACUCGAACCCACACUAAAAUGCACGUUUCCUUCCUUCCUCCCUAGCUGGCAGCAUCAUUGGGUAUUUUAGUAUCAUGGGUGAGAAAAAUGAUAUCUUACUUACUAUAUGUGUUCCCUUAAUUAUGAAUAAGAUUAGAGAUAUUUUCAUGUAGUUCUUUCCAGUGAAAUGUUUCCUUUGGAAUAUCAUUUUCCUGUUAAUACAGGUUCUGUAUAACUGUGUCUUUAGUGGAUGUGAAGAUAUGUCUUCCCAAAUACUCCCUUUGGACAUGUUUGGGUUGCUUUUAUUUGUAUAUGUUUGAGCCACAGAUAAGUCCUUAAUGUUGAUGUAGCCAUGUUUUUCCUUUGUGCCUUCUGGAUUUAUGUCUUUCAAGCAGAUUUCCUACUCCUAGAAUACACACACUCUUAUUUAGGCCUUCUACAGUAUUCUUGUUUUGAUGUCUUUGCUUCAUUUGCAAUUUGUUUUUUUAACAUCCUUUUAUUUUAAAAAGUUAUAGUUUUUAAAAUUUCCAUUGUAGAAUCAAUAUACAAAAUGUUUUGUAAUUGAAUUUUGUACUCUUCUAUUAAAGUGACGAUGAAACAAG